AUGCAACUUGUUCUAAUAUUUUCUAUUGUUUCUACAGUAAUCUCUACCACAGAAUUAUCUGUUCGUGUAAAGCGGCAGUACUAUGUUUGCGGCGUCUAUCCCAACACUUUCCUUUCACAAUUUCCCUGUAACUAUUGGCAAUCUCAAACCACAAGGAAUCCAAAUGCGUGUGCAAAUGGAGGAAUGAAAAUCGGAGUUGGAUGUUAUUACAAUUAUCAGUGCACACCAUACGGUAACGCAGUUUGUAUCAGCAAUUGUUGCUGUACGAAUCCAAUUCUGACGACACGUGCACCAAUUAUUCCAACCACUACUACGAGAUCCGUGGCUGCGUUGGCUUACUGCUACAACGGCCAACGUACUCAAGUUCGUUGCACGACUUCCACAGAUUGUGCUGCCCAACAAACUUGUAUGAAUGGGGUCUGCUGUACCACAACCGGACAGGAAUACACUGGAGCAUGUGCAGGACUUCCAGCUAUUUCAUCGUGUCAGCCAAACAGAGUUUGUGGACAAUUCACAUGCACUACAUCCAACUAUUGCUGCGAAUGCCAAUACGGUAGAACUUCUGGUUUAUGUGGACAGAAUGGAUUAACAUGUCCAACUGGCUAUACCUGCAACAUUCAAGGCUAUUGCUGCGCCACUUGUGCCAACGGACGUACUCCAUUUGGCUCAUGCUUUAAUGGAUUGUGUGCCAGUGGAUACACGUGCCAAGCCGGAAAUAUAUGUUGCUAA